GCGAGGGGCAGAGCGUCGCCGGACGUCCGGCCCGUUUCCCACCAGGCGCCGCGGCUGGAGCUGGGCAGACGUGUCUCCGCCACCGCCGGACCGAGAGAGCGAGGGAGGGAUCGGGAUCCGCCAGGAUGGUGACGGACGUGCAGCUGGCCAUCUUCGCCAACAUGCUGGGCGUCUCGCUCUUCCUGCUGGUCGUCCUCUACCACUACGUGGCCGUCAACAACCCCAAGAAGCAGGAGUGACGCCCCGGAGGAGGAGCAGG